AUGCCCCACAUCGCCCACCUCCCCCGGUACACCUCCACCACCCUCCGCUCCUCCGUCAUCCUUCCCUCCCUCCCCCAGAUCCUAUCCGAGCUUCUCCACAACUCGCUCGAUGCUGGUGCAACAAAGAUCGACUGCUAUAUAGAUCUAACAAAAGGAGCUGAAAGCCUGAGAGUAGAGGACGAUGGGGGGGGCAUUGACAGAGAAGGGUUGGAAAAGGUCGGGAAAAGGUUUCGCACUAGCAAACCUACCAAUGAAGGUGGCCUUGGUCCCGAGGCGUCUUAUGGAUAUAGAGGAGAAGCGUUGGCAUCUAUCGCAUCCCUAUCUUUACUGGACAUUACCACCAAGACGCGCUGCUCUCAGGUUUACACCAAGAUACUCAAGCACUCCAAAGACCUAUUCUUCGGGCCCAAUGCCUCUCGCCACGUACCCGGCUCUCACGGCACCCACAUCGUCGUCCGUGAAAUUUUCCACUCCAUCCCAGUUAGAAGACAGGAGUUGGCGCAGAGCAGUCAGAGUACAAUCAUGGGCCAGAUCAGAAAGGUAGUCGAAGGAUUGAUUUUGGGUUCGAAAGGAGUACGUUGGGCAGUCUGGGAAGACAGGGGAGGUGGGGCUGGAGGUCUGAGGAAGGUGAUCUCGAUUGGCGAGACUGAGAGCUCUUUGGAUCUGUUCAAGACCCUUUACGGGAGUGCACUUGUACAACGAGUCCAAAAUAUCCGUGUCACAUCGGGCAAGAGAAGGAUAAACGGGUUCAUCAGCAUAUCGGGCGAUGUAUCCAAAUCUCAUCAGCACCUCUAUAUAAACAACUAUCCCAUAGACAGAGGAGAAUUACAUCUCGCGAUCGCGAAAAGGUUCUCGAACAGCAGAUUCGCUACUGUGGCAUCGGCUGGAGGGGCUGAUGAAGAGGACGAUUACAACAUGCUCAUCGCUGUGGUUGACGAGUUCUUGCGACGGAACGGGUAUAGCUCCGGGCGCAUGGCCUCUUUAACCCCAAGUCCUACCAAGAAGCCGACUUCCCCGCUGUCCAAAGUGUUUCCGAGACCAGAGACCUCUUACGCCAAACCCUCCCCACUGUCUAUCUCUUCACUGAGGGCUACCGUGACCCCUAUUUUUUCUGCCGCUGGUGUACCAAUACCCAGGCCGCCUUCCACGAGCUCGCAGCUCCUCGGGCUCAAGAGACAUGCGUCACCCGUCUCCUUCUCCACCUUUUCAACUCCCAAGAAACCAAGAUUGGGUGGCACCACCCAUUCUGCGUCUCCCAAGAUUAACGAAAUAGGGAGCAGAAAGUCAAAGUGGAUUGAAGAGCUCUUGGCUGGCGUUGACACUGGCGUCUUGCCCAUCACCCGUCCCAAAUCCGCUCUCCGGGUCGCAAACCCAACAUGUAAUAUUCACGAGCUCCACGAGGACACAUGCUGUAGUCACUCGGCACCCGAUAUCCCUCUAAACCUUCCACCAACUACCCAAACCACAUUACAGGUCCAAUUCGCCAAGUCCUGCCUUUCCUCCGCCAUCAUACUCUCCCAGGUUGACCGCAAAUACAUCGCUGCCGUCCUCACUACAAUGAAAGGCGCCAAGGCUCUGGCUCUCAUCGAUCAACAUGCCGCUGAUGAGAGGGUUUCUGUUGAGGGUAUUCUCUGGGAGCUGUGUGAGGGGUUCCGCAAGGGUGAUCUUGCCGCGGAGAGAUUGGAAGACGGGAGUGAGGUGGGAGUGGUCCUUACAAAAGGCGAAGGGGAGGUUCUGAGGCGGGAUGGAGUGAUCGAGGUCUUCAAGAGAUGGGGUAUGGAUCUCGCCCUGGAUCAUCAUUGGAUCGACGGAGAUUAUACCCAAGUCAUGGUCCGCUCCGUGCCAGCGAGCCUCACCAGUCGGCUCAAACGAAAAGAGGCCGUUGAGAUGACGCGGCUUAUCAGAGGUUAUCUGCCUGUCUUGGAAGAAAGUCUGGGCCAGAUUCAGGUACUUGUCAGAGAUCUCGAGAAAAAGUUCAUCGAUCAAGAUGAUGAAGGGGAAGGAUAUGGGGGGACUUGGGGGAGGAUCAUGAGAUUCAUGCCAAAGGAGAUGUUGGAGCUGGCAAAUUCAAAAGCAUGCCGAGGAGCGAUCAUGUUUGAAGACCGCUUGACGCAGGACCAAUGCUCCCGUCUAGUACAACAGCUCGCCCAGACCAGGUUCCCAUUCAUGUGUGCGCAUGGAAGGCCAGCGAUGGUACCACUCGUGGUACUGGCGGAGCUGGAAGAGGUGCCGCAGGACAAAGGGAGGAAAGGCGCGGGAAAGGCGAUUAAUUGGGGAAACGUUGGGCAGAGGAUGAAGGAAGCACAUGAGGAAGAAGAAGAAGAAGAGAGCAGCGUGACAGAGGUACGGCAAGACGUUGUAUGA